GCGCUAGUCCCGUUCUGGAAGUGCCUAUCGAUAUCGGAACAAAAAAAAGGAAAGAAACGAUCGCGCAAUCGCCGUCAAGUCACAGUCGCCUUAUCUGUAAGCGGUGGGCGGUGGGGUCUCCAGAUUUUCGAUUUGUCUUGACUGGUCUUUACUUUGACUGGACUCUCUCCCCCUCCGAUGCGCGCAUGAUUGAUUUUGUUAUUAUUCUUCUGAUAUCCUGAUCUCGAAUCCUCUUUUCUUUCGAUUCUGACCACAGUCUUUUCCUUCUCUUUUGCAUACCAUGGCGCCCUCGUUGCUCACAGCAAUCGAUUCGACCAAUCAUGUCCAUUUGAUUAUCGGUUCCAAUCCCCUCGCCGGAGCUCGCUGUACACGCUCAAUAGAAGUGGGCGCAAAGCCCAUUGUCAUUGCCCCUGAGGAUGCCACCUUUCACUACACUUUGUCGAAGCGGAUAGAGGAGGGUGCUGUGCAAUGGGUCAAGCGUGGAUUCACAGAAGACGAUUUGACCACGCUUGGUCGCGCAGAAGUUGAUGGCGUCGUGGACGCGGUAUUCGUUACCACCGGUGGUAAAGGCAGUCAAAGCACUGAAAUAUCGAGCCUUUGCCGACGCUUAAGAAUACCCAUCAAUGUCGCCGACGCCCCUAACUUAUGCUCAUUCUCGUUGCUCUCCACCCAUUCCGACGGACCAAUUCAAAUCGGAGUCACCACAUCGGGCAAGGGAUGUAAGCUAUCGGCAAGGAUACGACGGGAGAUUGCAUCGUCGCUGCCGCAAAAUCUUGGAGCUGCGGUAGACAGACUGGGCACCAUGCGACGACGCAUUUGGGAGGAGGACCACGCACACGAGCAUUCGCAGGAUCUCGAAGCCGAGGAUGAAGACUCAGGCCAAUCUGCUACCUUCAACAAGCUGAUUCUGGCGGAGAGUGCCGAGUCUGCUCGAGGCCGAAGAAUGCGCUGGCUAUCACAGAUCUGCGAGUACUGGCCGCUUCGUCGCCUUGCUGCAAUCACAGAUGCUGAUGUGGAGACUCUACUUCGCGACUAUUCUCGUUCAAACAUCUUCAAGGGCGGGGACAAUGGAAAGGAUGGUGACAAGCGGCCUGGGCGAAUCAUACUUGCAGGCUCUGGUCCUGGCAAUCCGGAUUUAUUGACACGAGCCGCACACAAAGCCAUCCUUUCCGCAGACCUCAUCCUAGCCGACAAACUCGUACCAGCGCCCAUAUUGGACCUCGUCCCCCGCCGCGCCACUGUACACAUCGCGAGGAAGUUCCCUGGAAAUGCCGACAAAGCGCAAGAGGAACUCCUCGAGAUGGGUUUGGCAGGGUUGAAGGCUGGGAAGGUGGUUGUGCGGAUCAAGCAAGGCGAUCCGUACAUCUAUGGACGUGGUGGAGAGGAGUACGACUUUUUCCGAGCUCAUGGAUUCGUUCCCACUGUGCUGCCAGGCAUCACGAGUGCCCUAAGCGCUCCAUUGUUUGCCGAUAUUCCUGCUACACAUCGCGGCGUUGCAGACGAAGUCCUGAUAUGCACCGGCACUGGCCGGAAGGGUGCGGCCCCCGACCCUCCAGAGUACAAAGCAUCUCGAACGGUGGUGUUCCUGAUGGCUUUGCAUCGUCUGUCCUCGCUUGUUGAGAGCCUUGUGGAUACAAAGAAAUACCCACUCUCCACACCUUGCGCAGUGCUGGAAAGAGCCAGCUGCCCCGACCAGCGAGUCAUUCGCACAACACUGGAACAUGUGUGCGCGGCUGUCGAGGAGGAAGGUAGCCGACCUCCUGGCCUCCUGGUCCUUGGAAACGGAUGCAACGUGCUCAGAAAUUUCGAGCAAAAAUGGGUGGUUGAAGAUGGCUUCAAGGGGCUCGAUGACAUUGGCACGGAGAGCGAGCUUCCCCUUGCGCUGGGAGCUGCCAUUCCCGCAUAGGAACAUUGAACAUACACACUGAUCUAACGACUAUGCAAAAAUGAUUGCAAUAUACCCAAAAUACGCAUUUUAUAUAGACAAUGUACAAUAAUAUGACGGUCCAGGCUUUUGUGUGCAAUCGUGAUUGCAAUAUACCCAAACUACGUAGAUUUUGCAGACAUUCAUUAACAA